AUGCGGUUCUUCCGCCCUCCCUCCCGUGCGAUCUCGCUCUUCACGCCCUCUACCUCGAGCGCGCAGACACCGGGCGUCUUCGGUCUCGCCGGCCUUCACCGCCCCUCAGACUGGCUCUCUAUCGCUUCGCGCUGCGCUGACGACUGCCUCUCCCUCGCCGACCGUAUCCGUCGUCACGAGCCCUCGCGCAACCCCGCCGUCCUCCAAACCUUCGACGACCUUUCCGACCGCCUAUGCCGCGUCCUCGAUGCGGCAGAGCUGUGCCGCAACGUCCACCCCGACCAGGAGUUCGUCCACGCCGCCAACGACGCUUUCGUACAACUUUCGGAAGUCGUCCAGCACUUGAAUGCCGAUCAUGCUUUGUACGAACCGCUCAACGUGCUCUAUCAUGAAAAUGAAGACGCAGGCGGGGGUGAUGGGGGGUUUUUGCGGGGAGAGGACGCCGUCAUGGUCCGCUCGCUGAAGAGCGACUUCGAGCGUGGCGGCAUUCACCUUCCCGGGCCUGACAAGCGCCGUCUCAUCGAGCUGCAGUCGCAAGCGAGUGCGCAUGGUGCGGAUUUUGUGUCGUCGCACGCGGAGCGCCCCCCGCGUCUGGAUCUACCGAAGGCGAAGCUGCGGCAGGUGCCGCCGAGUGUGCGGCGACGAUUUGAAGAGUCACUCACGCCGGAGCACGUGCGAGUAGGUGUUGACACCGCGACUGGUCAAGCGCUGCUCAAGUGGGUGUCCGACUCGCGCGUGCGCGAAAGAGUGUACCGAGCUAUGUACGGGCAUUGUGCGGAGGGGAAACUUGCGGCGUUGGAUCGGUUGCUUGGGGAGAGGAAGGAGAUGGCGGCGAUUUUAGGGCAUGACAGUUAUGCGCAUCUCAUGUUUGGAGAUAGGCUCGCGUCGUCGCCGGGGGAGGUGGAGGCGUUCUUGGCAAGGCUUUCGAGGCUCGUUAGGGAGGGGGGACAACGCGAUCGCAACGCCAUCGAGAUUGAAAAGUUGCGUGUCGAGCCGCACGUCUCAGAGGGGGAGGGUGGCGUGCAUGGCUGGGAUAGGAGUUUUUAUAUAGGUAGGUUGAAGUCCCAGGACUUUGACCUUUCUGCGGCGGAGGUGUCAAACUAUUUGCCGCUGUCGGCAUGUCUGGCUGGGCUUGCAGAUGUGGUGCGAACCGUGUUUGGCGUUACGAUGACAAAGGUGAAGCCCGAGAGAGGGGAGCUUUGGCAUGAAGACGUGGAGAAGGUGCUGCUCGCGGAUGAAAAUGGGGCGGAGCUGGGGUACAUAUUUCUCGACUUGUACCCGCGCGAGGGGAAGUAUGGGCAUGCUGCCCAUUUUGCGAUCAGGGGUGGGCGACAGCCGGCGUCUCAGAAGGAGUACCAAACUCCGGUCGUUGCGCUGGUGUGUAACUUUGGGAAAGGGGUCUCCUCGCGAGAUGAUAUUCGUUUGACGAUUUCUGAGAAUGAAUGUCUGUGGCAUGAGGCAGGGCAUUGUAUUCAUUCUAUACUUUCCAGAACUAGGUACCAGCAUUUGUCUGGAACACGAGUGCCGACAGAUUUUGUAGAGGUCCCGUCUCACUUGUUCGAGAAUUUUGUGUGGGACCCUCGGAUUAUUUCUCGUUUUGCGCGACACCACAGUACGGGUGACCCCAUGCCUACACGUCUUGUAAGAGCGUUGUGUGCAUCGCGGAAGGGUUUUAUGGCCACUGAUAUUGAAAUGCAACUCCUGUUUUCUACGAUGGACUUACGCUUCCACGGGAGCGACCCGCCCAUGGGUCAGACAACUUCCACAUUUGAAGCUCUGCAAAAAGAACUGACCUCUUAUCAGCCGGACGGAGGCGUCCCAAUUCCAGCGACUUUUCAUCAUUUCGUUGGAUACGGGGCUGGUUACUACUCUUACAUCUUUGCGCGUGUGAUAUCCGCACAGCUAUCGUCACAUCUUUUCAGCAGCGAUCCUCUUUCAAGGGAGGGUGGCCUGAAGAUCAGGAAUGGAAUUCUCGCAUACGGAGGAGCCCGUGAUCCGGCCUCUCUUUUGCGUAAUGUCCUCAAACAUGAUGUCAGCUGCGUUCCAUUUUUAGAGUCAACCGGAAUAGAUGUCCACAGCCACAGAGGUCUCAGUCUACCGAUUUCGAAGCCCAAUGUCGGAUGA